AUGAUAUCGAAUAAAGUGAGAAAUGUAUUUCGAAAAUACUUAAGAAGACUUUACAAAGAGACUCCUUCCAUUGAAAUUAUUAACGAAUUAGUCGCUGAGAAGAUAUUAUCAAGCUAUGAUGCUAAUCGUUUGCGUAAAAUUGAUGUAGAAUCAGAAAGAAAUUUUGAACUAAUGGAAAUAUUGCAAAAGAGAAGGGAUAAAGAUAUUAUUCAGUUUUGUAAGAUAUUACGGGAUUGUCAAGUACAAACCAUUCAGGAACUCGGUAAAGAACUGGAGAUGGAGCUAAUGAAAGUUAUGGAAGCCAUAGAUUCGAACAGUGGAGAAGCCUCAUCAAGUGUUAAUGAGGAUCGAAUCGGUGCUGAUGCAGUUAUUUCCUCUCGUAUCGUUCAACAAACCCAUCCAAUAGAUAGCAGUAAAAGUGAUAACAAUCCAGAGCCAUUUGGCAAAUACUUUGUCGUUAUUGCGAAGGAACUUCGUAACGAAUUUGUAUUUCGUUUGGGAACUAUUUUAAGAUUGGAAACAGUUGAGAUUGAGGAUAUUUCUGGAAGAAGUUGUUCGCGAUAUGAAAAAAUAUACAAAAUUUUGGAAUUUUGGAAAGCGAAACGCAGCAAAUACGCAGAUAUUGCUGAAGUAAUUACGGCGUUACGCUCUAUGAAUCAAAAUUUGAUAGCAGAUAAAGUUCAAAAUAUUUAA